AGGACUCCGUAUAAGCAGCGCUGCCUAAUGUGAGAUCGGUCCCGGGUCAUCUGAUCGGACCAAUCAAACGUCCGCGCCGGCCAUGCCGUGCUCCCCUCCGGUCCUCCCCAUCCAGUCUCGUAUCCCCGGGCUAAGCCAAACAAGCUGAUCAGCCAGUCACCUCUGUACACACUACCCCCCGCUAAGAGGCUAAUGGCCAUGGGGAGGGGGGGAUAUAAUCCUUCUCAAAACAACCGCAGAGAUGCUAAUUGUAUCUGGCUAUAAAUACCGGGUUGACUUCUGGCGUUCUCUCUUCGCCACCAGCUCAAACUCCGGGAAAGCAGCGGAUUUGUUCACCGCUCACAGCCACGGCCGCCCUCGCUGGGGCAGAAGCAGGACCUUGUUGCGCAAAUACCUGGAAAGGCGAUAAAGUAGGAGAGGGAGGAGGAGGCAGAGGAGUUAGAGGAGGUGGGGGAGUCCGAUUGCAUAACUCCCGCCUUAUUUUAAAAACCAUCCGUCUGAGAAGCGAUUCGACCAUAACGAAUGUAACCGAGUCACUGUGUGUAGACGACCGUGUAGCGCGCAUGCACGUGGGAAUCAGGAGCUCGUCACCUGCUGCAGGUUUUGGAGAGGGGAAAAGACCCCGCAUGAAUAAAAGAAAAGGCCCUGAAACAAAAGCAAGCAUACAAUGUUUCACCUGCCCAUGUUCACCCCCGAGCAGGUGGCUCGGGUGUGCGAGAACCUGGAGGAGACCGGGGACAUCGAGCGUCUCGGCCGGUUCCUGUGGUCCCUGCCGGCCGCGGUGCCCGGGACGGCGGCGGAGGCCCUCAACCGCCAGGAGUCCGUGAUGCGAGCACGGGCCCUGGUCGCCUUCCACGGGGGGAACUUCGAGGGCCUCUAUCAGAUCCUCCAGAGCCACCGGUUCACCCGCGAGUCCCACGCCAAGCUGCAGGACCUGUGGCUGGACGCGCACUACCGCCAGGCGGAGAGGCUCCGCGGGCGGCCCCUUGGCCCGGUGGAGAAGUACCGCAUCCGCAAGAAGUUCCCGCUGCCCCGGACCAUCUGGGACGGCGAGCAGAAGACCCACUGUUUUAAGGAGAGGACGCGCAGCCUGCUCCGGGAGUGGUACCUCCAGGACCCCUACCCCAACCCGUCCCGCAAGCGCCACCUGGCCCAGGCCACGGGCCUCACGCCCACACAGGUCGGCAACUGGUUCAAGAACCGCCGGCAGAGAGACCGGGCCGCCUCCGCCAAGAACCGGCUACAGCAGGACCCCUCCCUCCCCACCACCGAGGGCUCGCCGGACGGCUCCCACCAGGACCGCCACCGCCACCCCGGCUUGCGGCUGGCCGCCUCCCCCUCCUCCUCGCCGCAGCCCCCCCCCAGCCCGGGCGCCAGCGACUGCAGCACGGGCAGCGAGCGCCGUGGCAACGGCGGCGCCUCCACGCCCGACAUCUCCGUCAGCAGCGACAGCGAGUUCGACUCGUAGCCGGUCACCUGACUCCGCCGACACACACACCACCCGCCACGCCCACACCAGACGAAUGCGCUCCAUUGGCGGUGAAUCGCCUGCCAUCCCCUUGAUGGGGAGGGAGGGUUCAAUUGACAUUGGAGUCAGUGGAGGGGUUCCGUAUCACAACAUGCAUUGCUGCUACCUCGGAUCCACCCUGGGCCUCCGAGUCGAACGCUUAAAUGUGACAUUGUGAGCAGAUACUAUGAAUGGAAGACACUGCUGCAAAACACACCGUCCCUCCAUGGGUCAGGGUCACGGUUACUGUUCACACUUUAAUUAGUCUCCUCCCCCACGACCCCAACCCCACCCACACCCACCCCAACCCAGGCUAAUGAGAUGGCCGAAUGUGGAGGGACACUGGGCGACGAGGAGAUACGAGAAAACAUUUAUCCGACGGCAACCUCAAAUAUAGCUUGUGGAAACAGCGCCCCCUGCUGCUGAAAUAUAGUAUGUACGCGCUUCAUCGCGCUAGACAUGAGACGUGGCCACCCGGGUGGUGGCGAACGGACGACAUCGCGAGAACAAACCAAAGAACCCCCGUUAGCGUCGUUGCGCUGAACAACAUGCACUUAAACUCUCUUAAAUGUCACCGUUCAACACACCAACUCACUACACUACACACUCUAGACAGGUAAACAAGGGUACUAUACUUCUGACACGUUGUCUUUUAAAACCUUUGAGUCUUUGUAUUAUUGUUUAAUAUUACUACACACGGAUUGGGAUAGGUGAGUUUUAAAGUGUUGAUACUAAUGCUGAUGUGAGGUUCAUAGUGAUAGAUUGACAUUUACUUGACUACAGCAUUUGACGGGCCAUCGCCUUCCCUAGGGUCACUCUAUAUGCAACACACAACUACGCUUUGUGUAAACUUAUUCUACUUUUUAUUCAUAUCAUUUACACCACAUCCAUGAUAUCACUGCCUUAAAUGAGUGAAAAUUACUCUUGCAAUCCAAUGAUAAAUCUGAAAUUUAAAACGAUUAUUUUAAAACACACAACAGCCCUCAAAAAAGCUGCUAUCCUUAACAUUGAAAGUAUUUUUUUUUUACCCUACCUGUUUAAGACUGCUGCUAAGGCCUUUUGAAAUGAGGCCUUUUGAAAUCACAUCCUUCCUGCUGACGCCUCCUUGAGGCGUCAGCAGGAAGGAUGUGACAUCAUCGUCCUCACUAAUGAGUGACAGAGAGGUGGAGACGUGAAGAGGUUUCUCAUCUUACCUCAGUGGCCUCUAUUCGGUUCUUCAGAGAACAGCUCCACUCGGCCACAGCCAGGUCUCCCCUUUGUCCGUUCAUCAUCGUUGUACGUCACUGCGUUUCACUGAACAUGAGUAUUUUGUAAACUUUUUGUGUAAAUAAACCUAUUUUUAUAAAAAAUCUG